AUGUCAUCUGAUGGUAGUUUAGGUGGUUACUUUCUGUUGUCAGUCACUGGACAGAUUGAAAAGGCUGACUUUCCACUCCAUGACUAUAUAUGGUGCAAGUACUGCUUCGCAACUGGUCAAGACUGGACCAAAUUAACCGGCCUCGAUGAAGGGAUGACUCAAACUUCUAUUAAAGGUGUUGGUUGCAAUGAUCAGAACAAUUUCAACUUUCCAAUUGACAUUUCAUGGAAGUCUACAAACCCAUUCGGUUGUACGUUAUUUCAUGUUUCUGAAUUUUAA